CCCUCAAUUUCCCCCUCUGCACCCCGACCCCGGGUGCCCCCCUCCCCACUUCCCAACUCCAUCCCUUCUGGAGCCCCCUGACCUUUGAACUCGACCUUCUCCUGACCCCGGAUUUCAUCCCUCCAACCCUUCCUGCUAAACACCUGCUCCCCGUCUCCCCCGGCCCCUGUCAAAGCCCCCCGGCCUUCGCCCAGCUGCCCCAUCCAUCCGGCCGCCCCAUCCGUCCGGCCGCCCCAUCCGUCCGGCCGCCCCAUCCAUCCGGCCGCCCCACCCAUCCACCCCACCCAGCCACCCGAAGGAUGGAUUUCCUGCUGAGCGGGCUGGCGGCCUGCGGGGCCUGCCUCUUCACCAACCCGCUGGAGGUGGUGAAGACGCGGAUGCAGCUUCAAGGGGAGCUGCGGGCCCCGGGGUCGUACCCCCGCCACUACCGCAACGUCUUCCACGCCUUCCUGACCAUCGGGCGGGUGGACGGGCCGGCCGCCCUGCAGAGGGGUCUGGCGCCCGCCCUGCUCUACCAGUUCUGCAUGAACGGGAUCCGGCUGGGCGCCUACGGGCUGGCGGAGGCCGGCGGCUACCUGCGGGGACCGGACGGCGGGCUCAGCCCCGUCCGCAGCGCCGCCGCCGGGGCCCUGGCCGGGGUCAUGGGGGCCUACCUGGGCAGCCCCAUCUAUAUGGUGAAGACUCACCUGCAGGCCCAGUCGGUCUCUGAAAUUGCCGUGGGGCAUCAGUACAACCACCAGGGCAUGGUGCAGGCACUCGUGCUGAUUGGCCGGAAGCAGGGGCUGUGGGGACUGUGGCGAGGGGCCCUGGGGGGGCUGCCUCGGGUCAUGGUGGGCUCCUCCACCCAGCUCUGCACCUUCUCCUCCGCCAAAGACCUGGUGACCCAGUGGGAGCUGUUUCCUGCCCAGAGCUGGCAGACGGCCCUGGCCUCGGCCAUGGUCAGCAGCGUGGUGGUGGUCCUGGCCAUGACGCCCUUCGACGUGGCCAGCACGCGGCUCUACAACCAGCCCACCGAUGCCCACGGCAAGGGUCUGCUGUACCGGGGCCUGGUGGACGCCCUGACCCAGAUUGCCAGAGCAGAGGGCUUCUUGGGCCUAUACAAGGGCAUUGGCGCGGCCUACUUCCGCCUGGGCCCCCACACCAUCCUCUCCCUGCUCUUCUGGGACCAACUCCGCCACCUCUACACCCGGCACAGCCAGGGGGCCGGCCGGUGACCCCCGAUCCCCGCCCCCCCGCCCCGGGCCUCUCCCUCCCUUCCCAUCUUGCACUAGGAGAGGUCAGCCCUCCCUACCCUCUUUCCCCACACCCGACCUCCCCCGGCUCUCCCCAGCCCCUCCCUACUUCCGGGUGUCCCCGGGUCCCGGUGGCCUUUGGCCCUCAGCACUUUCCCCCCCCCAUUCUCAGGGCCUCAGCACUCCUCGGGGCUCCCGCCCCAAUGAAUGAUAGGCACAGGGCCGCCCGCGGCCCCCCGGCUGUAGGGGAUCGGGGCGGGGAGGGGCUCAGGUCUCCUCCCGCCACCCCCCACAGCCGCAUACCUUCUCUCCCCCCGGGCCUCCGCCCCGCUCCCACGGGGAGUGCCUCUCCUCGGUGCCAAGCCACCAAAAAGCCACAGAGAUUGUUUCGUAUAAUAAAGGAAGGUUUAUUUCUGCAGAGA